AAAAAAAGCACUCCCUCCAAAUCACAAUCCCACUGAACUACAAGUCUACAACCAUCUCAUGUGCCCAUACUUUCCACUACGUCCUAAAAUUUUUCCCCAACAACUAUAGCCUACCGCCAAACGAGGAAAAACAGAGACUAGCAUAGUUGCGUCUGAAUGGUCUGAUACAUCCGCGGUCCGCCUUAGCUUCGUCCACAACUCCAGACUUCGUGCUCAGCCGUGUCCCUCACGUCUGGACUCUCCCGUCCUCGCCACGCCGCGGCCCGCCCUAGGUUAUUUCUCUCAUCUUCCGAACUCCAAAGGCCGGUUGCCUAUUUCCUUGUUUGGUAAUUACUUUAAAAUUGAAUUCUUUUGAUUACUUUAAUUGCUUAUUCACUUAUUUGCUUUAAUUACUUAUUUUCUUUAAAAUUGAACUAAAAAAUAUGAUAAAAGUUUCCAAAAGUGAUUAGUCGUUUAGGAUUGAUUGAGGUGUGCAGACGUUUGGGUUUUUAUCCGGUUCAAUUCUGAUCUGUGCGUGAAGUGUAUUUAUGUUCUUUGCAUCUCUUCCUUUUUGUAGUUUUACUUUACCGUAUUGAUCAUCAAAAGGAAGGUGUUUCAUAGUUUAGCUGAAGGUGUUCAUGCUGUUUUACUUUAGUCUGCUUUGUAAACUUGAAAUAGAUCCUACGAAAUCCCGUUGUUCUUGUGUAUUCAGAGUUAGGAGUUCUCUUUCUCUGUGUUCCCGUGUUUUGAGAUUUGUGCUUUCAAACCAAAUAUGCAUUGCUUUAAGAAACAAAUCUAAGAAUAAAAUUCAGGAGUUCUCUUUUUCGUAUGCUUUAGGAAAUUAGGACUAUACUUACUAACACCAGUAUUAGUAAGUAUACAUAAUUGUGUCCAUCCAAAUAGUUAAUAAGUUCAUUUUUACCUUCUUAUUCUGUUUUGGUGCUUUAGUAUUUACUUUAGAAUCUACUAAAGUAUAAACUUAGAAAAACAUUAAAGGGAAUACUCUGGGUGUGUAAAAACAGAACCAAAUGAUUAAUCAUCAUACUUAUUGUGUGAAAUCUAAGUUCUGUAAUACACAAUGAUAAUAAAGUAUAACUUUGGAGUAGCUGUUCCAUGUGGUUUUAGUAUAGGUGGAGUCAUUUUAUGAAGAAGAAAGAAUAAGGUCAAGUCAUUUAUUUAGUUAUUCCAUGUGAUGCAGUUUAUAUUGAUAACUGAAAUGUGUGUCUCUGUGACAGAGCUGUCAUUUUUAAUAAGUAAAUAAAGCUGCUCUUAAUUUAGCUUUUGUUUCUUUGUCUUUCUGUAUAGAGAACUACAAUAUCAUAUUCAUUGGCUAUCAUUAUCGUUUCCUUGCUGCAUCUUAAGUUUCUUCUUGAAUCUUGAUUCGUUAGUAACACUUGCGUGGAUGAGGAGAAACCGUAUGUUGCUUUCGUAUUAUUUUGAUUGAUAUGGCUGUGGAUCACCCAUUCCUCUGUUGAUUAGUGAAUACAGUUGGAAAUUAGAACAAGUCUAAAAGAUUUUAGUACCAUUAUAAUUGAAUGGGAGCAAUUUCUAAUGUCUCUGGUGGUGAUUAUUAAUGUUGCAUUAAGGUCUAGGUAGUUGGAGAUUUUCUCAUGCCUCCUGGUCUGAACUAGCUUAGAACUAGUGUUUUUUUCUGGGGGUACAAGAAUUAGGUAUAUUAUAUAGCUUAGGUAUAUUAGGUAUGAGAAUUGAUACGGAUAGAUUAUAUUAAACCUGGUAGUGUCUCAUUUAGUAUAUAUACUUAAGAUAUUUUAAUUUAAUCGUGUUAAAAUAUUUGUAAGAUAAUUCUUUCAAACAGGACAUGCGGACACGUGGUGGACGUGAUUUGUAUGCACCGAAUCGACAUACCUCUCAAUCUAAAGGAAGGAAUAACUUAUCAUCACCCUCAUCAAAUGGUGAACGUGCUUUGUAUGCACCAAAUCGACAUACCUCUCAAUCUAGAGGAAGGAAUAACUUAUCAUCACCCUCAUCAAGUAGUGCUCUCAAUAGAUUUCACUACUCAAGUGGGGAGGUAAGUACAUCACAAGUUCCAAGUACUCCUACAUCACCGUGCGAAUCGAAUGGAGAGUGGUCUGUUGAAACAAACCUUUUGCCUUUCCCAUUAUCUGACAUGCACAUUUGAAAGACUCAUAGCGAAAUCAAGGCAAUCAUGAGAUCUAGUUUUCAUGGACCAUGGAGGUCUUAUAAAAAAGUGCCUAUAGCCGAAAGAGAUCAUUGGUUCGAUGAAUUCAGGGUGACUCAUAUAUUUCCGGACUCAACAAAAAAACAGUUCAGAGACUUAUUUGACAAGUAUGGUAGUCAAGGCCUUAAGAAGAUGUUACAAACGCACGAUGUGCUAAAAAACCACCAAAAUACAUAGCUAAGAACGAUUGGAAAGAUCUUCAAACAUAUUGGGCUUCUCCAGAGUUCAAGAAACUUAGUGCCAAAGGGAAAAAAGCUCGAUCUUCUGAAUUGUGCAGAAACAAUCCAUACUGUGGAGGAUCAAUCACUACCUUUGAUCAUAGGAAGAAAUUGAGAAAAAUACUUGGUAGGAAGGUUCUCAUGAGGGAGAUCUAUGAUGUGACAUGGAAGAAGAAAAAAACCCGCGAAUGGAGUGGCCCGAGGCUAAAGAUGUGCUAUGAAAAUUUUGUAGCUGCAUGACAAAGAGCGAGAGAGAAAAUUAGUGAUCAUUCACAACCUAUAGAUGAAGAGGGAAUCUUUCUAGAGAACUUUGGAUCUCCCACGUGUGGUAAGAUAUUUGGCGCAGGGAGUCUUUUGAAAGAGGUUCAAAAUAAACUACGUGGCAACACUACUACUCCAAUGCAUUGUGAAGAUUUACAAGAGCUACUUGAUGCACGUGUCAAAGUUGCACUUAGUAAUACUAUUCAAGACUUAGAAGGCCGAGUUCAAACCAUAGUCCAAGCUGCCGUUGAAGAAGCCGAUAGGAGAUGGGUUGCUCGAUUUGCUGAAUAUCGUGACUCUUUGAGCUUGUAUAACCCCAGGUUUUCUAUGGCAAGUCAAGUUGCUUCGACCCAGGCUCUAGCUCCAAAUACUUCCACAACUCCAUUCCAACAAUUUCCAUUUCCACAAAUGACAACACAAGGCCAACCCUUCUCGAAUGACACUAUGACUUUUACUGAUAUGAUGAAUUUCGGCUCAUCCUUGUUCUAUACACCUUCUAGAAACUGAUUUUUAAUUUAGCACUUGUAUUUCUCUAGGAUGUGAUGUUUUUGAAUUUCUUGGUUUUUGUGCUUAGACAUCGUCUUUAAAUUCUUGCAUCUCUAGAAUGACGAUUAAUUGCUUUUAGUUAGUAUUUGUUUACUUUGUAGUUACAUAUUCUCCA